AUGUCAUUCAAGCGAACUCAUCAGAAAAACCGGUUGUCAAAUUGGGCAACCUGCUUUCCCAGUACGCUCACUUAUUCACCUUCACCGCACAUUAUGCGUCGGCAACGGGCGGAACAUUCCAUCAGCUACCGACCAAUACCCCGACCACCUCUAUUCCUCACUGGACAUAUAACUUUGAUGGGGUCUAGGAGGCUGCCGGACUGGAAACCGACCUAUCGCGGCGCUAAAGAUCCUCCACAGGGGCCGGGCGGAGCCUACACCGGAUGCGGCCAGAAGAGGUCGUUGGAGGAUGAACUUGAUCUCCGCGAAGGAGAUUACUUGCUUAAUACUUCUUCCUUGACCAUGCAUCGUGUGGUACCGCCCAACGACUGA